AUGGGAAACUGGAGGAUCUUUCGUCACGUCCCGUCAGAAAACCCGGAAGGGAGUAAUGAGCGCUCUCCUAGUGAGAAGGCCCUCGUGAGACGCCUUGAUACUUUUCUGUUGACGUUUGGGUGUCUAUCUCAAGUUAUUAAAUAUCUCGACCAGCAAAACAUUAACAAUGCCUAUGUAUCGGGUAUGAUGGAAGAUCUGCAUCUCUAUGGUGACGAGCUAAAUUUAUUCACGACAUAUUUCAAUGCGGCGUAUUGCGUUAUGCUCAUCCCAUCUCAGAUUAUAUUGACCUACGUCCGACCAAGCUUCUGGCUACCUGGGCUAGAAAUAUUAUGGGGUUUGUUCACCGGUCUUAUCGCCAUGGCCACUAGCGCCAAGCAGGUAUAUGUACUUCGAGUUUUCCUCGGUCUUUGCGAGAGCAGUGCCUGGCCUGGCAUGAUGACCUUACUCAUGUAUUGGUACACGCCAACAGAACUAGCUAAGCGCAUGGGCUUCUACCACUCCUGCCAAGCAGUCGGACAAAUGAUGUCAGGCGCAUUGCAAGCCGCAAUUUCAGACACACUAGACGGCCACGGUGGGCUGGCUGGCUGGCGCUGGCUAUUUGUAAUAAAUUCAAUCAUAACAGUCAUAUGGGGCUUCGCCGGGUUCUUUAUGAUCCCAGACCUUCCCAACAAGCCAAACCCCCGAGCGUUCUGGUUCAAAAAGGUCCACGCCGAGCUAUCAAUGGAGCGAUUAGCUCGACACGGCCGUGCUGAACCCAAGAAAAUGAGCUGGGCGGGUGCCAAGCGUGCCUUCUCGGGAUGGGUCAUUUACUUCAUUGCCGUUCUCUACAUCGCGACAGUCCUGGGAACAUAUGGAUAUGUGUAUUUCUCACUCUUCCUGAAAUCGCUCAAGAACCCUGAUGGCAGUGCAAGGUGGACUGUCACUGAAGUGAAUGCCAUCCCGAUUGGCGGAUCGGCUAUCAAUGUGGUUUUUGUAUGGAUCUGGGCUCUGCUGUCAGAUUUACUGCGAACGCGUUGGAUUUUGAUUGUUGUGCAAGGUGUCAUUGGAAUCAUUCCGUGCAUUAUCAUGAGUAUUUGGACUUCACAUCCUGAUGCUGUUCCUCUUUCUGGUGCUUAUGCAUCCUAUUUCAUUUCCUACAUUUGUCUCGGGACGGCACCGCUCAUCUUUGCCUGGCUUUCGGAUCUUAUUCCGCAGGACCCUGAGGCCCGUACAUUGAUCGUCGGAGUCUCCGUUGCAGGAUAUUAUGCCAUAUCGGCCUGGUCUCAGGUAUUGGUUUGGCCUGCCUCUCAAGCACCAUAUUACAAGUAUGGGUGGCAGUCAGCUCUCGCACUGCUGGUCCUUGUGAUUGUGAUGACAUGUGUACUCCGCGUCAUUGAUGUUAGAUACCUUUUACCAAAGCGCGCGGCCUUCUUCGAUACUCUGGAGGGUCACGUGGUUGUUCAAGAUAGCGUUCCAGGACCGUCCACUGGUGAUCGUGAACAAGGGCAAUCGUCAGAUGCCGAUCGAAAGACAGCAAAGGCCACAGCUUUGGCUGAAUCUUAG